UUGGGGUGGAAGAAGAACAUCUUCUACAGUAAAGGUUGGGUCAAGAUGAGAAAUAGCCAAGCAAUAGGAUUCUUAGUCCUGUUCUGCUGUGUUACAGGUAAGCCACAGAGGAUUCAUAGAAUUGUACAGUUGGAAGGGACACCGAGGCAAGAACAAGGCAAGAACAAAACCCCUUUCUAGGGGAGCUGUCAGGACAAAAGUCUCUGAGAGAAGGAUUUGAUUUAUUAGACCAUUCAUUCUUGAGAAAUAAGUGAAACUAUCAGAAUUCAAGGUGCAAAAAGAAUAGUUGUAUUAAAGAGUGAUCUGUUGUGUGGCAAUUCCCGCCCCCUCCCACAGAUGGAGUAAAUAAAGACACCAGACACCAGAAUUUAGGUUAAUGGGCGAAAAUGGCCACAACUUUAUUGAUUACAGGUAAGAGUGGUAUUGGCUUUAGGCAUUGGCCCUAUCAGACUAACCGGUAUAACCGGGAAGGGUUAAGCACCAACAGGGGGAGCCCCCGAGAUGCACAUCCCUAGGUGCUCCCCGAGGGGUUACCGCUCGGGAGCGCGCUUUAGGCCCUAGCCUCCGUAGGUUUCGGAUGAGGCGAUGCCCCCCGGAGUCCUUUAAUGAACUACCCUUCAAGAUUUGGGGGAGGUGAUGGCGCUCCUCCCCCCCAACUUCAUUUGCAUAACAAUACUCCUGCCAAUGCCUACUGCCAAAACCGAGGAGUUGUGACGUUUUGCUACGAGGUAGGCGAAAAAACCAAGUGGCUUUUAAAAUACAGCCAAUUAGCCAAAUGGAAAAACUCCUACCAGGCCCCUUGCGGCGACCAGCCGAAGCCCAUAGCAAAGUCCAGAUGAGAACCUAAAGGGCGGGAGGGAGGGAAACCGCCGCUGCUGAAAGGAAAAGAAAGGGGCGAGUAUGGGCUGCCCCGACCUUAAAUGCCCUUUGUUAACCCUGCCCCUACCGCCAGCCAAUUGGCUGGCGCUGUGUGUAAUGAAUAAUAAUUGGAGUGGGGAAUCCGUGAGUCCUGCGGGGCUGGAGCCAGCCCCGCGAGAAUGUACACGGGAGCGUGAGCCCGCAACACCCCCCCUCCUUAGGUCGGGAGUGGCUUUGCCAUUGAUCUAGUUGGAUCGUUUGCUUUUCAAACUUUAUAUGGCCAUGGCCUAUUCUGACUGUUCUCCUCUCCUCUCUAUCUGGUCCAGCUCGAAAUUUUAGAUGCCUUGAAUGUCCAAAUGUUUCACAUGACAACGAAUGUAUGGUUCCUGAAAAGCAAUGCACCACUGGACCUUGGGAAUUUUGCUUUGCUCGUCAACUUAAUGGACGUAAGUUCAGGGGGCAAUUGUUACUCUUCCAGAGCACAACAUAACUUUUAUGACUGCUGUCAAGGCAGGAAGCCCAUAUCUCUAGGAUUGUCAGACAUCUGGUGACAGGGCUCCUGGGUGUUUGACGGUUGUAUCAGAUUUUUAAAAAUUGCCAGGUAAUGUGUGCACAUUACUGCAUCCGUGUGCCGUGAUAAAACACAACUGAUAUGAGAUUGUGAAAUGCAUUCUUAUAUUUUAUAGGAAAUCUGCAAAGGGAAUCCUGGCAAUCCUACAUACUUCCCAACAUUUGUCAGAUAGAUUUCCUUUCUUUGACUUUCAUUAAGCAUAGACUUCGCAUAAUCAUGCAGAAUAUGCGGAAUUAUAGUUUGGGCCGCAAUCACACACCCCGUGCAUGCCAUAAGGUAAAGGUAAGGGGACCCCUGACCAUUAGGUCCAGUUGUGACCAACUCUGGGGUUGCGGCGCUCAUCUCGCUUUAUUGGCCGAGGGAGCCAGUGUUUGUCCGCAGACAGCUUCCGGGUCAUGUGGCCAGCAUGACAAAGCCGCUUCUGGCGAACCAGAGCAGCGCACGGAAACGGCGUUUACCUUCCCGCCAGAGCGGUACCUAUUUAUCUACUUGCAGUUUGAUGUGCUUUUGAACUGCUGGGUUGGCAGGAGGAGGGACCGAGCAACGGGAGCUCACCCCGUCGCGGGGAUUCGAACCGCCGACCUUCUGAUCGGCAAGUCCUAGGUUCUGUGGUUUAACCCACAGCGCCACCCGCGUCCCUUGUGCAUGCCAUAGGUCAAGGCUUUUGUGAGUUGGUGGUAAAAUGAAAGCUACCAGAUGGAAGACAGAAAGUUACAAACUGAAGUCAGUGAAAAGCAUGCAACACACAGUCCCUUCACCAAGAACAGCUGGCUGAAUCUGCCAUGCCACCUCACUCAGCUAAACCUCUGCUGAUGAACAGAAAUGGUCAAUGAAUUCUAAAAAGAUUUUUAAGGCUACUUUCCAAUAAGCCUGAAAUAACCUUUGUUUCCCUUUCUGCUCCCACCCCUUAAGAAAUGGGAAGGAAUGUAUCCUCUGCAAAUGGCUGAAUUUUCCUAAAUGUAAAAAUUGUGGUUUCCCCCCCUUUACAGCAGGUUUUGUACAUGUGGACCGGGGUUGCACUAACAAGUGCAUCAGCUUUGUAAAUAAGGGGAAAAAGACAUCGCAAACUUCGCUGUGUUGUGUGACCGAUCUUUGCAACAAUCACAACUUCUGGACUAAUCAAUAAUGAAUGACUGUUUCUUGAGAAUCGGUUGGUGGAACCAGGUGGACUUUCAGCCCCUCUGGCUUUUGAACAGUUCUGUUAAUAAAUCGUGCCA